AAUUUUGUACCGGGAGCCGCGCGUGCGCAGAGGGAAAGCGGAAUCUACACCUUCCCGGCCAGCGGUAGCAACUGCAGAACUGCAGGAGACAAUCUUUCUAGACAAGGCAGUUGAGGAGGAGGGAGCGCUUGGAGUGGGGGGUGGGUUGGCUUGGCGUGCACUCCGCACCUCGGCAACGCUAUUGCGCGUGGAACGGCUGCUUUUGGUAGACUUGCCCAGAAGAAAAGAUGUUUGGUUUUCACAAGCCAAAGAUGUACCGAAGUAUAGAGGGCUGCUGUAUUUGCAGAGCUAAGUCUUCCAGUUCUCGAUUCACUGACAGCAAACGCUACGAAAAGGACUUCCAGAGCUGUUUUGGGUUGCAUGAAACUCGUUCGGGAGACAUCUGCAAUGCCUGUGUCCUGCUUGUGAAAAGAUGGAAGAAGUUGCCAGCAGGAUCAAAAAAAAAUUGGAAUCAUGUGGUAGACGCAAGGGCAGGACCCAGUCUAAAGACCACAUUGAAACCAAAGAAAGUGAAAACUCUGUCUGGAAACAGGAUAAAAAGUAACCAGAUCAGUAAACUGCAGAAGGAAUUUAAACGUCAUAAUUCUGAUGCUCACAGUACCACCUCAAGUGCCUCCCCAGCUCAAUCUCCUUGUUACAGUAACCAGUCAGAUGAUGGCUCAGAUACAGAGAUGGCUUCUGGUUCUAAUAGAACACCGGUUUUUUCCUUUUUAGAUCUCACAUACUGGAAAAGACAGAAAAUAUGUUGUGGGAUCAUUUAUAAAGGCCGUUUUGGGGAAGUCCUCAUCGAUACACAUCUGUUCAAGCCUUGCUGCAGCAACAAGAAAGCCGCUGCUGAGAAGCCGGAAGAGCAGGGCCCAGAGCCUCUGCCCAUCUCCACUCAGGAGUGGUGACUGAGGUUCUUGUGUAGAAGGGGAGCAAAAACGAUUUAAAUUUUGAAAAGACCACAAAGCAACAAACUGACCCUCCUAUUUUUAACUUGGAUACCUGCUAUUCUGCCAAAAGACAACUUUUAGAAUAGUUUUGAGUGGGUUAUUUUUUCCCCCAGUUCCAUAAACUCUGAAGCCAGUAUCUAGGUGACUAAAAAAGAAUUGUACAUAAUAUUUAAGAUGCUGAGUAUUUCAUAGGAAAGCUGAAUGCUGCUGUAAAGUGCUCUUUAAGUCUUCUUUUUUUUUUUUAAUCCCCUUCUAAUGAAUGAAACUAAGGGGAAUUUCAGGGGACAGAGAUGGGAUUUGUUGUAUGAUAAACAGUAUGUAGUUUUAGUCUUUCUAUUUUGAGAAGCAGUGGUUGGGGCAUUUUUAAAGAUGGCUGGCUACACUUGUUUUCCCUCAUGAUAAUAAUUUUGUCAUAA